AUGUGUUGGGCGAAGAAGGAGGAAUACUUUUGUCCUCGGUGUCGCAGUGUGGUCAGCAGAGAGACUCGAGACGAUAUUUGCACCCCGGACGCGACGUGCGACAAACGAAACCGACAACCCCUCGAAGUCCUGUCCAAGCGCAUCCCGGCAGAAAACCCCUGUCGAUCGUGCGAGGACGGCGAGAACCCCAGUCCCAGUCGCAUGGCGUCAACGCAUCAAGGCAACACCAAUCGCCACGUGAGUCCUCACGGGAUGCCUAGCAGUCGAGCACAAACCAUCAAUCCCGACUACUUGGCCCCUCCGCGAGACUAUCAUUGUAAUCCGUCUGCUACUGUCGCCGCGGCCGCGGCCGCUGCUGCUGCUGACUACUCGCGCCGUAAUGCAGGCGGCAGCGGAGGAUGGGGAGGAGGAUCUGGACGCGCUCCAGCAUCUUCUCGUCACUUCUUCGCUGAUCAAGUCAUUGAGCGUGCCAUGUCGCGAUCGAUAAGCUCCAAUGCUGCUACGUCCCAUCUACUCCCGACCAUCAUCAAACGUGCUCCUUCAUCUUCGGUGUCUAGAAGAACUGCGACCGGAGCCGGAGGCGGAGGUCAACUUGAGCUCUUCGACCCUCGAAACCAAGGUUAUCACGGAUCAAGCUCAGCGCGUGCGGAUACUACUUCUACACACCGCCCCUUCGACGGCAGCAAUGAUCACUGGGUCCCUGUGAACGAAUCUCGUCGCGGUGGCACUGUCGUCCCAGUUCAAUAUGAGUGUCGUCGCGACGGCACAGUACUUCCUUCGACCUCGUACUCGGGAAAUAUACAUUUCGGCUCGAGCUUAGGAUUACCUCGCAUUCAGAUCGACAUUCAGAUCGGCUAA